GAUGCCGACAUCGUUUGGAAAUUGUAACUAAACAAUGCUGACUUUCCGUGAGCUGAUGUCAUUGAAAAAAAUAAAGUAAAAAAGAUGCCGCUCUUCUACCUGCUUUUAGUGUUUCCUCGCGCAAUUCUUUCUCAAGCACUUAGUCUUUACUCUUUAGGGUAGGCCAGUAAGCCUUUUAUACGUCACAUACUAGUACAGAGUAACUAUAAGAAUGAAUACUGGCUGUACUGCAUUAAGCACAUUAUUUAUUACUUACUUCGUUUUUUGUAAUCCCAUUCUAGCUUGCAAAACGUUACGGUGACGAUCGUCAUAAUCCUGCCUCAACGUGACAGAUCGCGCAAAUGAAUAUGUGCAAAUGUAAAACAGUGCGGUAAAGAAAUGCUUACGCGAGUACCACAUCCAACUUUCUGAGAGCCGUUUGAUUAAAGAUCCAUCCAACUUUCUGAGAGCCGUUUGAUUAAAGAUGAUCAACAGAAUAAUUUCAUAAAUUACUUAAAAAGACAAAGACAGAACUCAAAACAGCAACAAAAUUUUCUGCAAAAGAAGAACUAUUUGCUCAACUUGGCUUGACGCAGACCAGCCGCCACAGCGAAGUAUUUACCUGACUACUGUGUUAGGAGCGUGGCUCUGUUCGUUAGGUUGCCGGCUGUACGGAGAAUAUCUUACGAUAUUCUGCUGUACGCCGAUAGCCUAGUGGUGCCUCUCUCGGCCUUAGAGUAUAGAGGUUGUGGGUUCGAUUCCCUCAAUCGGCAGAUUUUUUUGCGAGUUCUGUAGUCAGCAGCGGCCAGUCUGGCAACUGGUUCGCGCACGUAGGAGACAGGAGUUUGCACUUUGCAGUCGCGUAGAAAAACACAAGUCUAAAGUUCCGAGUCUAUCGAAGCCGCGAUGCACUUGCUUGCAUAACCAUCGUCGACAAGCUAGGAACCGACCUUAUCAAUCAGCUGAUUUCUAUCGGUGUAUUUUAGAGACAAUAAUUACUGUAUAUUUUCCAUACUUGUCGGAGAAUUAUGGAUACAACACCCAUUACGACGUUGAAGCUUCUCAUAAUCGGGGAAUCUGGAGUUGGGAAAUCCAGUUUAUUGCUUCGAUUUGCGGAUGAUACCUUCGAUCCUGAAUUGGCUGCUACGAUUGGUGUGGAUUUCAAAGUCAAAAAUCUCAAUUUUAACGGCAACGUAGUCAAAUUGGCUAUCUGGGAUACAGCUGGGCAGGAAAGAUUUCGGACCUUAACGCCGAGCUAUUAUCGAGGUGCCCAAGGGGUUAUUCUGGUGUAUGAUGUCACAUCCAAAAGCUCCUUUCAGAAACUGGAAAUGUGGUUAGGCGAGGUGGACUCGUAUGCGAAUAAGAUGGAUUUAGGUGAAAUGUUGGUUGCCAACAAGAUUGACCAAAGGACGGAGCGAGUUAUCACACGAGAAGACGGGCUGAAAUUUGCACGCAAACAUUCGAUGCUCUUCAUAGAAUGCAGUGCUCGUACGGCAGAUGGAGUGGUCGCCGCCUUCGAAGAGCUGGUCGAGAAAAUUCUCCAGACUCCGGGAUUAUGGGAACAGAAUAUUGCUAAGGGAAUAAAUCUCAGUGAGAAAGCCGAAACGGAUGCAUCUGCUGGCAAUUGCGGUGGAUAUUGCGAAUUAGUAUGAAACUGUUUUCGCUCAUCUCAUUGGAACCUUAAUCCUGUGGAUCUUCGCCUUUGGGAGAAAACCCCUUGUAUGCUGUGGCGCAUUGUGUGCAAUGCCUAAAAACACCUACCACGUUUAGUGAUUUUGUUUUUUUUAAAUACUUCCGGAUUUAUUGUUUGCUAGACUUCCCGUCGUUACUGGUUGUACAGUAUGGAUUUGUUUUGUGAAUUAAUAAAAUG